UCUAAUGCGAAUAUUAUCAUUUUCUUAAAAAUUGUGGUCUAUGUUAUUGGCGUUUUCAUACAAAUAAGUGCGUUGUUUCUUUAACUGUAUCAUUUAUACUGUAUAUUGAAGUUAAUUAUAUUAAAAGUGCUUGUUUAUAUUGAAUAAUACACGAGAUAUUCAGACAUCGCAGUGAAUCAAUUUAAAUAUUGUCUACAAUUCCCAAAAAGCGUUUGUGUAUAUUUUAAACAAAACUAAUUCACUAAAUCAUAAUUGUUAAUGUGACCGUGACGUGUUUUCAAUCACAGGUAGUUACAGUGAUAUUUAUUUUCUCGGACAAUCAAGAUUUCACAUUAUGUCGUUAGUACAUGAUAAAGUGUCGCUGCUGUCGUACAAUUGAUCGACAUUCGUAGAGAAGGCGAAAGAACCAUGGACGACGACGGUGAUGAUAAAGAUGACUCGAAAAGGAGGACACGUAACUUGAGUGAAAAGAAGAGGAGAGACCAAUUCAAUAUGCUUGUCAGUGAACUUGGAUCUAUGGUUUCGACAAAUAAUAGAAAGAUGGACAAGUCUACUGUCCUUAAAUCUACAAUUUCUUUUUUAAAGAACCAUAAUGAAAUAACUGUCCGUUCAAGAGCUCAUGAUGUGCAAGAAGAUUGGAAACCUGCAUUUUUGUCAAAUGAGGAAUUUACAUAUUUGGUAUUGGAAGCAUUAGAGGGAUUUGUAAUGGUGUUUUCGGCAAAUGGUUGUAUUUAUUAUGUCUCAGAAAGUAUUAUGUCAUUAUUAGGACAUAAACCGAGUGAUAUGGUGAACAAAAGUAUAUUUGAUUUGGCAUUUGACGAUGAUCGUUCCAACCUGUAUGCAUUGCUACAAAAUCCUAGUAUGGUGCUACAACCUAAUCAAACAAUAUCAUCAGAGAACGAGAUUCGGUUCCAGUGUCAUUUGCAAAGGGGAACGUUGGAUUUUCGAGAUGAUAUCACGUACGAAUUAAUUCAGUUCAAAGGACAUUUUCGUACAUAUAUGGAACAGAACGAUAGUUCCGACAUCUUAUACCAACAAGAUCAGGACUCAAGGCUCCUGUUUGUCUGUACCGGAAAGCUAUGCACGCCUCAACUGAUCCGUGAUGUGUCCCUCGUCGACACAAGCCGUAGCGAGUUCACAUCACGCCACAGCUUAGAAUGGAAAUUCCUGUUCUUGGACCAUCGUGCACCGCCCAUCAUAGGCUACCUUCCAUUUGAAGUGCUUGGAACCUCUGGAUACGAUUACUACCACUUUGAUGAUUUGGAGAAAGUCGUGACGUGUCAUGAAGCACUAAUGCAAAAGGGCGAGCUUACAUCAUGCUACUACAGGUUUCUAACCAAGGGCCAGCAGUGGAUCUGGCUACAGACCCGCUUUUAUAUUACUUAUCAUCAAUGGAACUCUAAGCCAGAGUUCGUAGUCUGCACACAUCGUGUUGUGAGUUAUGAAGAUAUAUAUAAAAGUGCGAAGCAUGAAAACGUUGACAAUGAAACCGUAAGUGAAGCGGAACCUAAAAGAAGUGACUUGAAAGAUACAUUAUCAGAAGAUGCUAUGAUGGCCAUGUCACCGUCGUAUAUGUCGGAGGCAAGUGAUGCUUUCGGGACUUCAUACCAAUCUCUGUCACAGCCACCAUCGGUUAAGUCGGCGGCAACGUCAGCUGGCAGUACUUGCGCCACGGCGGCGACCAUGGCGACCACUGCCACCUCUUCGUGGCCCACUCGUGCAUCGCAAGUGCAGUACGCGGCCGGAUCCGAUACGGCCUCAGUGUCGGGCGAUUCGCGAUCGUCGCGCAUAACCGCGCAAGAAACGUCAAGGUUACCGGAACCGGCGAUAGUACCCCAGCACGUUAUCGGCGCGCAAUACUUGGAGCCAGGACCGUACAUUGGAUCCGUCGGCGUAUCGGGGAUGCUGACGCUACCUAUGCACUCUGUGCCGUUGAUCGUCAGCCCCGACCAAGCGCAGUUGCAGGAGCAGUUGCAGCGCACACAUCGCGAGUUACAGCAGAUGAUAGUGCGCCAGCAGGAGGAGCUGCGGCACGUGAAGGAGCAACUCCUACUCGCACGCCUCGGUAUCUUACAACCGCUCAUUAACGUUCAAGAUCCGUUCACACAUACCGAACAAAUGCAACAAAACGAUCUGCUACCAGCACAAAUGCUUUACGACGAAACAGCGGCUAGACCUGUGCCUAGCUAUCCACACCACCCACCGCCGCCGCCGCCAGGUGGUCACCACCUCAACACGCAUCAAAAUCAAAACCAUCAUAUGCCGCCGCAGCUGUAAGUCACCUCGGUACUUCGCGACGCUGUAGGACGCCCGGAUCUCAUUUAAUGAUAAAGUACUUCCUUUUUAGCACAAAUAUAUAAAAUAAUCACUUCAAUGUCAUUUACCGUCUCGGUUGUGGUUGUAGUUUAGCUUUUCUGUAGUAAAAUGUUAAGUCAGUACGUUUUGCUACUCGUUCCAAUACAAAUACAAAUGUUUAUUAUUAUUUAGAGAAUCACUUAUAAGUUCGUCACUUAAUAAGUACACGUUUCUUAUAAUAUAUUUUAUGUUAUUUUUUUUUAUCUCGUAGAAUUAUUGUUAAUCUCAGUUAGUUUCGAUAUAUUCUUAUGAUAUUUGUUAUAAUAUAAUCGUAUGUGUAUUGAGUGAUUGUUUUGUUAAAAAUAUUUGUACGUUAAUUUUAUCGACAUAGAGGUUGGGACUCUUUAUCUCUUAUAUUUAUUGAAGAAAAAUUUUGACCUAUAUAAAAUUUCAUACGUAUACAUUUUUCAAGGUUAGGUAAUAAAAAUAUAAAACUAUAAAUAUAUUUCCUACGUCGUUCGUAUAAUAAAGUACGACUUGACGUAUUGCCUACGACCUAUUCAGAAUAAUUAACAGUAUCAGGUAAUUUUCUUUCAUACAUAGGCUUGAUUAAAAUUAAAACAAAUUUUAUCAUAUUAACCAUAAUUGAAGUGAAAAGUGAAAUCGUGUGAAUAAAUUUCGAACGUAAGGGUGACCUUCAUUGUGAUGAAACUAUAUACUACUUUAGGAUAACGGCAUUUCUUAUUUUUGUAUUCUUGUACGAAGGGCUGUGCAAUCUUGUAUAUACAUAAUUAUGUCGGUAGGUAACAGUGAAUCUAUUUUUAGUUUAUACGUAUCAUAUCCAAUGGACAUUUGUGCUUAAUGUUUAAAUUAUAUUAACAGGACUAAAUGUAUUACAGAAAAUGAGACAGCAGUAUGUUUUUAGUUCUGUCGAAUGGAUUAGUUUAAUGUUUAUGUACAACACAAUCGGCUUCGGAGCCUCUUUUGCGUUUUAGGGUCUUUAAAUUCAAUGAAACGUUGCUUCCGAUUAUACUAACUAAACUGGCGUAUGAUGACAGCUUUUAGAGAACGACUCAAACCAGGCAGCUGUUUAAAAAUAAUUACUAGAUAUUUUGUACAAUAAAAUACUUUUCUAACCUAUAGAUUAACCUCCAGUUUUUAAAAUGCUUUCAAAAUUUUAUCUGAAUGGUCAUUGGUUGGUGGCAGCUGGUGACGUGACAUGCGAAAAAUGGGCGUUCAAUAUUUAGUUAAAUCAGUUAAUCGUACUUUGCUCAUAAUUUCUAAAAUUGUAUUGCUAAUGGUGAAAUUAUAUUUUAUUACUUACUUUAUUACAAAAUUGUUCAAGAAUUGUAAAAACCAUAGACUUGCAAAUACAAACAAAAAAAUUACAAACAACAAAAAUAUUUAAACAAAUUCAAAUAAAAUUAUUUUUUAUUUGAAAAUACAUUGACAUGACAUAUAAUACAAAAAAUGGCCGACGCCAUUUUGUUAUAUCAAUCUGUAAUAUCAUCAUAGAUAGUAAAAAUAAAGAAGAAAUUUAUUGUUACGUUUUAAGAGUAAUUAUUUACUUUAUGUUGAAUAUUUUUUUUAUAUAUAAAGACUAUUUUUAUUAUCAGAUUAUUUAUUUCAAUUAUUUUUUUAUAUACAAACAUUUGUUAUCGUUACGCAUCUUAAAUUAUUUUUAUAUAUAUAUCGAUUAUUUAUUAAGUUAUUUACAUACUGCGAUGGGGACGUACCAGAAAAAAUUUGGCUCUGUUGAUACUAGAUCGGUUUCUUUAUAAAUUUGACAUUUCAAUAUAAAUCCUGCUUAUGAAGUACAUUUUAGAAAAAUAACUCGUGUUGUUAAAAUGUCUUUUAAAAAAGAUCUAAUAUAUGAAUCUGAAAUAAAUUUAAAUAAAAAAUGUUAAUUAUAACUAUUGCAUUGUAAUAAGGUCAUUACUUAUUUGUCAGUAACUUUUUGAAAUAAUUAAAUGCAAAGCAGUUGCAGCAGACGAUUACCAUCAUCAUCAUUAAAUCAUUUGAACCGAAAAUAUAUACCGUUACCGGUUAAGUGUUUAAUUGGUAACGCUACCUGCGUUACCAAUAACGCAUACUUAAUAAUAGAUGUUAAUAAAUACUUUUUAGAAUAGUCUUGAAGAAAUGCUGAUUGUCCCACUCUUAGGAAAGUCCUUCUAUCGUAUUCUUAAUACCGUUUUUGAUAAUUUAUAUAGUAAAAACAAUGUCCCCGCCUCUCUUAUUUGAAUGCUUGAUGGUAGCUCUUAAGUAUAUUGAAUGUUAGAUCGCUGUUAGUAUUUAAUAUCGACAUAAUCCGUAGAAAGUUUGACGAUAUUGUUACAAUAAGUUUGUAUCGAUUGGGUCAUAUUUAUUUUCAGGGACGAGAGGGUAAUGCAUUGUGGGUUUUAUUUCCGCCUAUUGUAUAACGAUUUUUAAUUUUGCUAACGUUAUUUAGGCUGGAGUGUUCGUCAUGUUUUAGCUUUACUCGAUAAGUAACGUAGAAAAUUGAAAUAUAUUACUAUCGAAGGCUCAAUUUAUUUUUAUUAUCACGUUAAAAGCGAAAUACUCCCGUUACGUAGUUAAAGAGAGUUAAUGAUAGAAAUAUUCACGUUCAUAUAAAAAAUUUAACCAAAGUGUUAUUAUAUACUAAAGCUCAUAUUUUGUUACGUUAUGUACUGAAUGUUAUAUCGUCUUAUUGAUAAAUAAUAUAUUAAUUUUGAAUGAAUAUUUGUGUAGCUAUUUUUAAUAUAUUAUGGUAAUUUGUUAUUUAUGUCUUGUAAAACUACUAUGUUGCUAAAACUAAGCGAUGUGCAACCCUAUACGUCCCUGUUGCACUAGCUUUGUGCAGACCUGUGUGUGCCAUACAAGUGCCAUCGUUAUAGUUCGGUUUCAUUUGAUAAAUUUACUUAUUAUUCAGAGAUAGAUUUUUUUUUUCUAUUAUAUAUCAAAACAUUACACUUGUUUUAUGUACAACUUUUGUAUAAAAAAUAGGCACGAUUUUCAAUGAGUAAUGGUGCUCUUGUAAAAUUUUAUCAAGACAAUAUUAUAAUAUUGUUAUUGACACUUUUUGAUGAAUAUUGUGAAUAAAUAUAAAUUAAAUAUAUCGCCAUAUCGAAUAUUCAAUAAUAUUGAUAACAAAUGAUUUUAAAAUUCUACUGUAUCUAAGCUAAUUAAUUAGUUCAAGUUUUGACCGAUCAUAUACGUUUUUCAUCAACUUAUAACUUUUUCUAUAUUAUAACUUUCUUUUUAUAAUAUUUUGAUCAAUAAUUCUUUGAUCUCAAUAUUUGAAUCUUCAGUGAUAAUCCCCAUGAUGACGUUCUCACUAAUACCAAUUUUUUUUAAAUUGAUUUUGACAUUUCUAUUUGAUGAUUCUAUUUUUGGGCAUCUUCAAUCCUGGUUUUAAUUGAUGCAUUAGAGAUAAUGCAGAAGAAGGGCAUUGGUAACUUGAAGGACCUGAAGAUUGUGCUAUGGAAUGGCUUUUGGUAGAUAGCUGUGCACAGCUUUCAUUACAGUAUAGGAUACUCUCAACAAGUUGGGAGGCUGAAUCAUCAAAAGUUACAGAAUGAGAUUUGAUAGACCGCAUUUGUAUCGGGAAUACUAACUACUUAUUAAUUUAUUUAUCAUAGUCUUGUUGCUCACUUAAAUUAACUGAAUUAUAAAUGUUGGCACUUUUAACUGUAGCAAAUAUUGUUUCAUGAAUUGUCGCACCGAACAAUUCAAGUCAAUUUUAAUUAUUGUUUUAUAAGUACGAAAUAAUUAUUUUUUAUAUUAUCUUGCCAAUUUUUUUAUUAUAAUUUAUCAAGCAAAACCAAACAAAUACAGACCAUUGAUAUUUAGUGAUACAUAGUGAAAUAUGUUAUUUUUAAUGGACUGUGUUUAUAUAAUAGUGCAACAAACACUUUUAUGAUUAGAAUGUAUAAUUAUGUGUACUUGUUAGAAAGAUUAAAAUAGAGUUAUAUCUCCACCCCAAACUUGCUUCACGAUUAUGUCACCUAGUAUUGGCAAGAUUUGGUGCCAAAUAAAUGUCAUCGUUAAAUUAAAGUGAUGACAAAUAGCGAGCAUAUUUAAUUGGCAUGCGCCUGCGUCAAUCUACAAUAGAUGUUUGCUGUCGCUAGUAAACGGCGUUUAAGUGGUAUUAUUAUCCCCACCCUUGUGUGAGUUUUAAAUAAAUACACGGUAUCACAUGGUAUAUGUAUAUGCAGUAUACAGCGGCGAAUACAUUAUCGAAAUAAAAUAAUUCGUAUUUAAAAUUCAAACAAGGAAUAGAGAAACAUUUACUUAUCUAGAGGUUGUCUAUGUAAAUCGUGAUACGCACGAUAUAACCAGUUUGUUUUCAUAGCAAAUAGCGGGUAUGUAGAUUUAAAGUCUUUAUUAAUGGGAUGUGAUAGUAAUUGUAGCUUACACUACAUUAGCACGUGGAAUGAUAUUUUGACAGUGAUAAGAUUCCAUAUGCUAAUGUUGAAAUAGCUUAAAGCAGGACUAAUAGCUGCUUUUUUGAGAAAGAACCGAUAUUCUGAUUAAAAGGAAUACAGGGUACAGCAAAAAGAUGGAGUUAGAGUGAUAUUGUUAGUAGUUCUCUUUUUGUGCAAUUUAAAUAUUGAUAUAAUUGUGAAAAAAUAAAUAAAAUUACA